AUUUUUAUCAUUUAGUGAUUAAAAAAAGCAACAACAUUUAAAGGAAAAAUUGAACUAUGCAGUUAGAAUAUUUUAUACUGUUAAUACUAUGUACAAAUAUAUGAACUUUUGUAGAUUAGGUUUGAUAGGAUGUUGUUUCAAAAACAAAAAGCUUGAUUCAGAUUCUGGAUCUGAUGAAGAUUUUCUUAUAAACAAACAACAAGAAAAUAUUACAUUAGACACCAGGUUAAUGGGAAAUGGUGUUGUAGUUAUUAAAAAUGGACAAAGAGUUUGUGGAUCUGGUUCAGCGCUUGCAAAUGUUGACAUAUUACAAGAUAAAGCAUACUUUGAGAUCAGAAUACAAGCAUUAGGUUUUUGGUCAGUUGGUGUUGCAACUACACAAUGUAAUUUAAGUGCAAUUCCUCCUGGUAAAGAUGAUUAUAGUUGGGUGUUAUUAUCUGAUGGUUCACUGUGGCAUUCAAAUGUAGCAGUUGAUAAAGUUAAUCUCCCUGUUAAUGAAGGUGAUUAUAUUGGCAUCAGUUUUGACCACGUUGAGCUAAAUUUUUUUCUAAAUGGAAAGAAUCUUCACUGUCCUUUACGUGGCAUCAAAGGUGUGGUUCGACCAAUUAUUUGUGUGGAUGAUGGUUGCAUCAUUGAUGUUAGUUUUUCUCGAUUUAUAUUUCCUCCUCCACCCGGUUUUCAGAAGUUAAUGGUUGAGGUCGAUCUUCUUUGACAGUAUCAGCAUGUUUUUUAAAAUUUUUAUGUUUUUGCAUUUUUUUAAUUGUAAUUUUUUCUGCUAUAUGUUUUAUAAGUUA